CACAACAUGAUAUCGAAAGUGUUUCUUCUCGCCGCUGCAUUCAUUGCAGUGAAUGCACAAGACCACUAUUCGUAUGGACACGCUACAUCCUCUCAAUCCAUAAUUCGUCAUGACAAUUCGCAAAACCACAGAUACAACCAACCAAUAGCGAUCAACGCUCCAGUAUACCAAUCUACCCCCCUUCAAUCUGCUUUAACUGUACAUCAUGCCUCUCCCAUAAUUUCUCAGGCUGCCCCUCUCAUUUCUCACUCAGCCCCUGUAAUUUCAUCUCAUGCACCUAUCAUUUCUCAUUCUUCCCCUUACAUUACUCACGCUGCACCAAUUGCCCAACAUGCCAUUCCUACUCGCACCUACGCUUCCCCUCAAUACGCACAGGGUCACCAGGAAUAUAACAGCUACCCAAGAUAUGAAUUUUCAUACGGCGUGAACGACCCUCAUACUGGUGAUAUUAAGUCUCAGCACGAGGCCCGUGAUGGCGACCACGUCACUGGCUCUUACAGCCUUCAUGAAGCUGAUGGCUCCGUGAGAACAGUACACUACAAUGCUGAUGCACACAGCGGAUUUAACGCUCAAGUCCAAAACUCUCAGCCGUCCAGACAUGCUACUCCAGUUGUCUCUCAUGCAUCGCCUAUUUCUCAUGCUGCACCUGUCAUUGCCCAUGCUGCUCCCAUUAUCUCACACGCUGCCCCAGUUAUCACUCACGCUGCCCCUCUAUAUACUCAUGCUGCACCAGUCUUAACUCAUUCCGCGCCCAUUGCUCAAUAUUCCUCCUACCAUUAA